AUGUGCCAGCCGGCCGACGAGAUAGGGACGGGCGUGACUGCUGCAGCGGAGGUGCCCGCGGCGAGCGGCGUGGGCGGCAAGCUCAUGAGGCAGCCCGAUGACUUCUACCUUUACUUGUACAAGAUAAAGAGCUGCCCUCAGCGGCGGCCGCACCCGUGGACCCUGUGCCCCUUCGCACACCCAGGCGAGCACGCGCGGCGGCGGGACCCCAGGCGCUACGACUACCGCUCCCUACACUGCCCCCACAAGAAGCAGGGCGACGAGUGCCCGGACGGCGACUUGUGCCAGUACUCCCACAAUCUGUUAGAGUACUAUCUGCACUCUGAGAGGUUUCGAACCCAGAUCUGCGCCAACGGGGCUUCUUGCAAGCGGCAGAUGUGCUUUUUCGCCCACGGGCCAGACGAGCUCCGCUUCCCUGAGUCCCACUUCCAACAGAACGCGGCAAAGCAGCAGGCGCUGGGCUUUAUCCCGACAAACGCAUCUUUCGAGGCCGCAGGGUCGUCCGAUGGAUCGGCCGGCCCCUCCUCAAACGCCUCCCCCCCUCGCCGGCUAGCCGCAGCUGCGCCACGGGCCAGGGUUGGCGCCGGCAGCGGCGGCGGCGGCGGCGGCGGCGGCGGCGGCAGCAGCUGCGGCGCUUCGUCGCCGUCGCCUCCGCAGGUCGUGCCUGCAUGCAGGGGGCUCGUGCCGGUGACGGCAGUGACAUCGCUGCCGCUGCCGCUGAUGUCAUCAUCUCUCCUGCAGUCGCCGCACGCUCUGCAGCUGCAGAACUCCAGCCAGCAGAUUCUGCUGGUGCCGUCUCCGCCGCCGCUGCUGCAGCAGCAGCAACAGCAACAGCAGCAGCUGCAACAGUUACAGCAGUUGCAGCAGCCGCCGCAGCUGGUCCUUUCGCAGUCAUGCCCACAGCAGCUGGUGUUGAGUGCUCAUCCUGGGGACCAGCCCAUGCAGGCUGCCGUUCUGCAGCAGGGUGGGCCGCUUGGUGCGCAGUGGAUUGCCCUGCAGCCACAGGAGGCCCAGCACUUCCAGCAGCAGCAGCAGCAGCAGCAGCAGCAGCAGCAGCAACAACAGGUCCAGCAGCUGCAGCAGCAACUUGAUCUGUUGCAGCAGCAACUGCAGUGCAUGCAGCUGCAGCAGCAGCAGCAGCAGCAGCAGCAGCAGCAACAGCAGCAGCAGCCACCGCCGCCCCAGCCAGUGCCCUGCGCCCCGCUGGUGUCGGGGACGUUUGAGGCCAAUUGGUGGAGUCCGGAUCUGGGCCUCGAGGGCAGCCCCUUUCUGAUGCAGGAGGCCACAGUCAUGACCAACCACGACGACCAGUUGAUGGGGGACGGCAGGUUCCACUCCCUGCAGCUUCCUCCCGGCACCUUGGUGACCCACAGCCUCUCGGGGGAACUGCCGGGUGUGCUGCUGACCCUGCAGCAGCAGGAGCACUCCGCUGGGCUCUGA